AUGAUUGAUCUCUCCAUGACGAUUUUCACCGCCGACACCACGGCUCUAAAGAACCGUGCAUUCUGGAUUGCUUAUGCUGCUUCCCCAUAUCUUAUUACACCCUGGAUCUACGGUUACGCAGCCGACCAGAUCGUGGCCCCUGGCGGGAUUGGAUACAGAUGGAGCUUCGGUAUUUUUGCAAUUGUCAUGCCUAUUGUCAGUGCUCCACUCUGGAGCCUGUGGUAUUGCAUUCAAGAAAAGGCCGAAAAGACGGAUUUGACGGAAAAGCAAAGCAGCGGACGAAACCUUUUGCAGUCUAUCAUCCAUUAUGGUAUUGGGUUCGACGUGAUUGGACUGCUCAUUAUUGCGACAGGCUUCUCUUUUUUCCUGCUGGCAUUCAGCUUAUACUCGUAUCAGCCUGGAGAGUGGCACUCUCCAUUGAUUAUAUGCUUUGUUGUUAUUGGAUUUUGCUUGAUUGUCUGCUUCACCCUCUGGGAUAAGUACCUCGCACCAGUGAAAUUUAUGCCGUGGGAGCUGAUCCAAAACCGGCCUGUAUUUUUCGCAUUCUCUAUGGUUGUUUCGCUCUACUUCGCCUGGUAUAUCUGUGACAAUUACUUCUAUUCCCUCUUGCAGGUGAUGUUCGACCAGACGGUGACCCAUGCCACAUAUAUCUCAAACAUCUAUACUAUCGGCUCCUGCUUCUGGUGUCUUGUCUUCGGCGCUGUCCUUCGCAAGCAUGGUCGUCUGAAGUGGUGGGCUAUUUGCUUUGGCGUUCCUUUGACUAUCCUGGGAGUCGUUCUAAUGAUCAAGUUCCGUCAGCCAGAUUCGAACAUUGGGUACAUUGUGAUGUGCCUGAUUUUUGUUGCUUUCGGAGGUGGCACUCUCGUGAUCUGUGAGCAGAUGACUGUUAUGGCGAUCUCUGCCCAGAGAAACAUUCCGGCUAUACUGGCUAUUGAGGGAGUGGUAGCCAGCAUUGGAAGUGCACUUGGAAGUACUGAUGCCGUUGCAAUGUGGACUGGAGUCUUUCCCGUGAAGCUGAAAGAGUUCCUUCCUUCAUCCGCUCAAGGUGAACUUACGGCCAUUUAUGGCUCACUGUCUACCCAGCUAUCCUACGCGAAAGGGACGGCUACUCGCGAUGCGAUCGAUCAUGCUUAUAAGGAGACUCAAAAUCUUAUGCUAAUUACUGCCACGUGCCUUUAUCUAAUCACGUUGGCUUCCUGGCUUAUUUUGGAAGGAUCUCAACGUGAAGAAGACGAAGCAGCAGGUUCAUGGUGUUCAUUUUUGAGUGAAAUGUGCCCACAUUCCGCUCAAUUUAUAGCAAGUGUUAUGUCCGUUCUGUAUAUCGCGCUCUACCGCAUUUAUUCACCAAGGUCAUGGAAAUAUACGCAAUGCACAGUUCCCGAAGGAGAAGCCGAUGGGCUUAUCUGCAAUUUUCCAUCCACGAUCGCCCAAGGUUAG